AAUUUUAGAUUGAAAAAUGAGGUGCUUUUGUCCUAAUUUGGUGUCCUUAGAAACAUUCAUGGUAAUACUUUCCAUGUUGCAAACAAUGCUCUUACCAGAGGAGGACAUUGUCAUCUCAUUAGAAUUGCAAGAAAAUUUAUAUUUUGAAAAAGAUGUGUAUUUGGAGAGUAAAACAUUUGUGACUGGGGCUGUGGAUUAUUUUAUAAAAUGAAUGCGUUUUUCCUCUAAGAAUUUUUUUUUAUCUUCCUGUAGAUGACAGAAACACACACUUUUGAAAUCCUUAACAUCCUGGAGUUCUCUAGCAAUAGAAAAAGGAUGUCAAUAAUUGUACGGACUCCUGCAGGACAUCUUCGGCUAUACUGCAAAGGGGCAGACACAGUGAUUUAUGAGAGACUUUCAAAAGAUUCCCUGUUUGUGGAGGACACAUUAAAACAUUUGGAAAUUUUUGCCACAGAAGGUCUGAGGACUCUCUGUAUUGCCUAUACUGAUUUAACUGAGACAGAGUACCAAGACUGGUUGCAGGAAUAUAAAAAAGCUAGUGCAGUUUCACAAAACAGAAUUCAAAGACUGGAGGAAUGCUAUGAGAUUAUUGAAAAGGAAUUUCUGCUGCUUGGAGCCACAGCCAUAGAAGAUCGUCUUCAAGCAAAUGUUCCAGAAACUAUAUCAACUCUACUGAAAGCAAACAUAAAAAUAUGGGUCUUGACAGGAGAUAAACAAGAAACUGCAGUUAACAUAGCAUUUUCCUGCAAACUGAUAUCAAGUACCACACCUCGUAUUUAUUUGAAUGCAGAUUCAUUUGAGGCAGCACAACAAACAAUUAACCAUAACUGUGGAGAUCUUGGAAACUUAUUAGGUAAAGAGAACGACUUGGCCCUAAUUAUUGAUGGUGAAACAUUGAAGUAUGCCUUAAGGUUUGAAAUUCAGAAGAAGUUCCUAGAUUUGGCCCUUUCAUGUAGAGCAGUAUUAUGUUGUAGGCUAUCUCCCCUCCAGAAAGCUGAAAUAGUGGACUUGGUGAGGAAGCACGAAGAGGCCAUCACUCUUGCUGUUGGGGAUGGUGCCAACGAUGUGGGGAUGAUCCGGAUGGCCCAUGUGGGAGUAGGGAUCAGUGGGAAUGAGGGCAUGCAGGCCACCAACAACUCAGAUUACUCCAUUGCUCAGUUUAGAUACUUGGAGAAGCUUCUGUUGGUUCAUGGAACUUGGAACUAUUUUCGAGUGACCAAAUGCAUAUUGUAUUCUUUCUACAAGAAUGUAGUGCUAUACAUUAUUGGGCUUUGGUUCUCCUUUGUUAAUGGAUUCUCUGGGCAGAUUAUAUUUGAGCAUUGGUGCAUCAGCUUGUACAAUGUGAUUUUCACUUCGUUACCACCUUUAACUCUGGGAAUCUUUGAGAAAUGUUGCAGUCAAAAGAGCCUCCUGGAGUAUCCACAACUCUACACAGUUUUCCAGACAGGGGAAAUGUUCAACACAAAGGUGUUUUGGAUUCAAUGUAUAAAUGCUUUGAUCCACUCCUUCAUUCUCUUCUGGUUUCCCACAAAAAUGCUGGAGCAUGAUAUGAUAUUGCGACAUGGUUACACCACAGACUAUUUAUUUCUUGGAAAUUUUAUUUAUUCGUAUGUAGUUGUUACUGUUUGUCUGAAAGCUGGGCUGGAGACAACAUCUUGGAAUAGAUUUAGUCAUGUGGCAAUUUGGGGAAGCAUAAUAAGCUGGAUCCUGUUUUUCUCAGUUUACUCUUUCUUCUGGCCCAUCUUCUCUGUCGCUCCUGAAAUGACAGGACAGAUAAAUAUGGUUCUGAGUUGUCCUCACUUCUGGAUGGGUUUUUUGUUAGUCCCUACAACCUGCCUGAUUCAGAAUUUUUUCUGGAAAUUGAUUAAAAAUACCUACAAAAGAGGUCUUCUAGAAGAAAUUCAGGAGCUGGAAAGCAGAAAAGAUAGCAUAUUGGAACAUAGUGAGAUUUUUGAAAAGAGGAUGACAGCAGCAAGUCUUGCAGUGUCCUUUAGUACACAGCCCUGUGAGAUUUUCUUCCGGGAUGAUUCUGUUGAUCUAAGUGCCCCACAUGGGUAUGCAUUUUCCCAAACAGAAGGAGCAGUGGUCACUCAGGAAGAACUAGUUCGUGCUUAUGACACAGCUAAAAUGGAAAACUCAAGAAUCUCAAAAAGAAGUUCUGAUUUUUCUGAAAUUUUCUAAGACCAAGAUCAAUGUGUUUUGUGUGCUCAUAACCUUCCCUGAAGCUGACAGAGUGAAUUGGCACUCCUAUUCCAAACUAGAGUCUGUUAUUUAUUUGUUAUUUAUAUUGACUGAUUCAUGGGAAUAAGUAAUGGGGAGGCCCUUACUUUCUUUUCUUCAUUUGUCUUCAAUAUUUUACCCAACAUGUUUAUUAUUUUCUGUGACUGUGAGAUAAUUUAUCAGUUCAGCCUAAAGUAUAAAAUUAAACAUAUUACAUUUUAACAAAAUUUAAACUUUGUAUGAGUUGGGGGUGGGGAGAGUAGAAGAUGUCACGUUGCCUAGCAAAGCUAUUGUGCCUAAUAAAUAUGGAGCCAUGCAGAAACUUCAUAUUUUGAAAUCACACAUUAAAGGCAUGGAGCAAUGCAUAAAAUA